UGACCCUCGUUCAGACUACAGAAUCGACAGUUGAUCUUCGGCAGCUCGUAAAAGCGGGAAAGAAGAUAUAAGAAUUGUGUCGCCGACUGUACUCGUUAGCAGGCCGGUGAGUCACGUGACAGAACAGAGGUAAUAAAUAGAAGUGCAGGGAGUACAGCAGGCCUCUUUUCCAUAGUAGCAGCCGACGCACUGACUGAGUUAGGACCUAGGUUCAGAAUGCCCGAGACUUCAUCGCCGUAUAUCAACGGAUUCCAACAGAACGGACACAUGGAACCGGAACUGAUAGAAGAUACAUUUCUUUUCACAUCAGAAUCAGUAGGGGAAGGUCACCCAGACAAAAUGUGUGAUCAGAUAAGUGAUGCCAUUCUUGAUGCCCACCUGAGUCAAGAUCCUGAUGCAAAAGUUGCCUGUGAGACUGUUACAAAGACUGGGAUGAUUCUUCUAUGUGGUGAAAUCACAUCAAAGGCCAAUGUUGAUUACCAGAAGGUUGUACGGGAGACCGUGAAACAUAUUGGCUAUGAUGAUUCAUCAAAGGGUUUUGAUUACAAGAUCUGCAACGUAUUACUGGCCCUUGAUCAGCAGUCUCCAAACAUUGCAGCAGGCGUUCACCUCAACCGCAGUGAUGACGAUGUUGGUGCUGGUGACCAGGGUUUAAUGUUUGGCUAUGCCACAGAUGAAACUGAAGAAUGUAUGCCAUUGACAGUUGUGCUUGCUCACAAGCUGAAUCAGCGUAUUGCAGAGCUCAGGCGAAGUGGUGAAUUCUGGUGGGCACGGCCUGACUCAAAAACACAGGUGACAUGCGAAUACUGUAUGUAUCAUGGGGCCUGCAUUCCUUUGCGUGUGCACACUGUGGUAGUCUCUGUUCAGCAUUCAGAGAAAAUCAGCCUUGAGGAACUCCGUGCAGAUGUGAUGACCAAAGUGAUUAGAGUGGUGAUACCAGAGAAGUAUUUGGAUGAUGGAACGACCUUUCAUAUUAACCCUUGUGGGCUCUUUGUUGUUGGAGGACCACAGAGUGAUGCUGGACUGACUGGACGCAAGAUCAUUGUAGAUACAUAUGGAGGCUGGGGUGCACAUGGCGGUGGAGCUUUCUCUGGCAAGGACUUCACCAAAGUGGAUCGAUCUGCUGCAUAUGCUGCUCGGUGGGUUGCUAAGUCUUUGGUGAAGUCUGGGCUCUGCAGGCGCUGCCUAGUGCAGGUAUCUUAUGCCAUUGGUGUGGCUGAACCCCUCUCUAUAACACUGUUUGAUUAUGGCACUUCUAAGAAGACUCAGAAGGAGUUACUGGCAAUUGUGAAGAAGAAUUUUGAUCUCCGACCUGGAAAAAUUGUCAAGGAGCUUAAUCUACGUAACCCCAUCUACCAACAGACCAGCACAUACGGUCAUUUUGGUCGUGACAUGUUUCCAUGGGAGCAGCCUAAGAAACUGGUUGAUUGAUGAAUGGGGAAGGCAUGAUUUUGUAAGGCUUAUAGAAGUUGAACAGUCCCCUGCCUGAUCUUCCUCUUUGGCAUUUCUCGUUCCACAUCUUUAACACUUUAAAAAUUGUGAUUCUAUUUGUUUUCGUAUUGUGUACGUACAGGCAAUAUAGAAGUAUAUAUUGUGACUCAAACAUGUUUGCAUACAGUGUUGCUGUAGAAAGAGGUUAAAGCUUCAUGCCAAGCAGGACACAAGAUGAAGUCUCCUGGUUUUGUAGGUAUUCUGAACCUUAGCUUAACAUCUUAAGGUUGUACCACGCCGUGCGGAUGGGACAUGCUGCCACAUCAAGUAGAAAGCUCACCGACUUUGUGCUUCCCAUGUCGCAUCCCCACUCGGCCCCAAGAGGACAAUUCUAGACUGCUUUGAAAAGCAGCUGUUUUGAUUUUUUAUACAAACGUCAUAAAAAUAUUUUAUAAAUAAUUUAUGUAAGUUAUAUAUUAAUUAUGGAUGUGUGUGAUGUACUUGUGAUUUUAUGGUUGUAGUUAAGCACCUAGUGACAGUGACGUGGGGCCACGUUCCCUUGAUUUCCACGGCGUGGUAUGUACUUUUACAAGGUGAUAUAUUUUCCCUAACUGGAUGUGAUUGGUAGUUGGCGAUAUAUUAGGCAAGAGGGGAAGGCAAAGCCUGGCUCUAGACAGAUCACAGUGGAAGGCAAUAAUGAGCCUUUACUGCAAAUGUGUGUGGCCCCAGAAAGCGCCUUUCCCACUAGAGUUUUUUCUCUGAGUGGUAAAACUCCACACAUUUUGUGUUGUGUUUACGAAAAAGAGUCUAUUGGAAAAGAGCAUUUCCGAAAACACUCCGAUCUGCCCAGAUUCCUGGAUAACGUAGCAGUUAUUAAUUUUCUUAAGAUUCUCGUGUCUCACGCAUUUAUAAAGUAGAACUUAAGGGGGGGUGGAGCAGUGUUUGUGUGUGUGUGUAUAGGUGUUUUAUUGUGACUAUCUAAGCUACUGAUGUAGAAGUUAAAUAUUGUCUUUUGAGUUCUAAUAAUUCUGCUGCGUCUUUGGCCUUCCCCAAAAAAGUUGUGUCCAUUCUAAUAUGCCAUAUUUCAUACAAAUGCAUGUGGAAUAAAGACAAAUGAAAUAAAUGCCAUUUUGUGUAUGGCAGCUGAAAA